CCCAGAAUCAAAUCUAUGUCAGACGGAUUGAUUUUUGAUCAAAUUUACGCCAAUUUGCCGAUCUCUUGUGGAAAGUUUAUUUUACUGGCUACUCAGAUGUUAAAAAGAAAAGGAGAUAAAAAUACAGGACAAAAAUUACGAAAGGUUCACUUACAAAAUAAAAUCUUGCAAGUGAAUAUUGAAUUUCUCUUGAUUUCAAACUAGGCUUGCAGUGUGAAUAGCAAAGAUGACACAUGCGCCGAGAUCCUUCCCUUCUCUUCUCGUCUAGGGAACACCACUGCGAGUGCGAGGUCUUAUCUCCGCGGGCUACAUGCCCGCAACCUGACUAAGCGACGUCAACAGAGACGCAAAUUCAAACAGCCGGAAAGCGGAAAGUCGCGACGGCCGAUCGUGUCACGCUGAGGUUUUCUCGGGUUAAUCUCGGUUUAAUCCCCCGCGAUGAAAACGCAGUACGAGCAACCGACACUCGCUGUGCUUAACGCGGAUGCCCAAUGGGAGAAACGUCCUCGAGAACGUCGUCACCGCGAGAACGCCGAAAGCGAGAAGCGAGAGAAGAGUCCCCGUAAGAAUUGAAAGAACGAGCCGGUUUGCGAGUUUGCUAGUACUAUUCUCACUAUUUUCUCGUUCACUUACAUACCUCUCCCGUUAUACACAACUCGCUCAUACACAACUCGUGCGUGCAACAUAGAAUCCGCGCGGGGAUACCGUCUAACGUAGGCACGUGAAACAGGUGUUUGUUUUAUCAAUGAGACAGACCUGACAUGUCUUACACUGAACUGGAACAUGGUUACCAAGGUCUCAGGAAUGCGAAUAGACCGAUGUUUUACAUAGGAGACAUAAAUACAGUGCAACCGUCUGUCAUUCCUUCAAUCUAUCAUUCAUCGAAGAGACCUGAAUUAUCGGAAGGCACUCAAAAUGAUGCUUAUAUGGGCGGAAGCGAUGUGGAAGGAGAGGGAAAGCAAGUUCUGGUUGGGAUAUGCGCAAUGGCGAAGAAAUCGCAGAGUAAACCAAUGAAAGAGAUUUUGACGAGGCUCGAGGAAUUCGAGUAUAUAAAAAUCGUUGUUUUUCCAGAAGAAGUGAUAUUAAAGGAACCUGUAGAAAAUUGGCCUAUAGUCGACUGCUUAAUAAGUUUCCAUAGUAAAGGUUUCCCCCUUGAUAAAGCUAUCAAUUACGCGAAUUUACGUAAACCAUUUAUCAUUAAUCAUCUGCCGAUGCAGUAUGAUAUCCAGGAUCGAAGAAGAGUUUAUGCCAUACUGGAGAGUGAAGGAAUCGAAAUUCCACGAUACGCUGUUCUUGAUAGAGAUUCGCCAGAUCCGAAACAGCACGAAUUGGUGGAGUCGGAGGAUCAUGUGGAGGUGAACGGUAUUACUUUCAACAAACCAUUUGUGGAAAAACCAGUAUCUGCCGAAGAUCAUAAUAUCUAUAUUUAUUAUCCCACUUCUGCCGGUGGAGGAAGUCAGAGAUUAUUUAGAAAAAUAGGUAGUCGUAGUAGCGUAUAUUCUCCAGAAUCUCGCGUUCGCAAGAGUGGUUCUUAUAUCUAUGAAGAUUUUAUGCCUACCGAUGGCACUGACGUUAAAGUUUACACUGUGGGACCUGAUUACGCUCACGCGGAGGCGAGGAAAAGUCCUGCUCUUGACGGCAAAGUCGAAAGAGACUCGGAGGGUAAAGAAAUUCGCUAUCCGGUGAUACUGAACAACGCCGAGAAACUUAUUAGUAGAAAAGUAUGUUUGGCCUUCAAGCAAACGGUGUGCGGCUUCGAUUUAUUGAGAGCAAACGGCCAGUCAUUUGUGUGUGACGUAAAUGGAUUUAGUUUUGUAAAGAACUCGAAUAAGUAUUACGAUGACUGUGCCAAGAUUUUGGGGAAUAUGAUACUCAGGGAACUGGCUCCCACGUUACAUAUUCCGUGGAGCGUUCCCUUUCAAUUGGAUGAUCCACCUAUUGUGCCAACUACAUUCGGCAAAAUGAUGGAGUUGCGUUGUGUCGUAGCGGUUAUCAGACAUGGUGAUAGAACCCCAAAGCAGAAAAUGAAAGUAGAAGUGCGUCAUCCAAAAUUUUUCGAGAUAUUUGCAAAGUACGAUGGUUAUAAGCACGGCCAUGUGAAAUUAAAGCGUCCUAAGCAGUUACAAGAGAUACUCGACACAGCACGUAGUCUACUAGCAGAAAUACAGCAUCGUGCGGCGGGACCAGAGUUGGAAGAAAAACAAGGGAAAUUGGAGCAGCUCAAGAGUGUUUUGGAAAUGUACGGACAUUUCUCUGGCAUAAAUCGUAAAGUCCAAUUGAAGUAUCAACCGCGAGGUCGGCCGCGGGGAAGUUCUUCCGACGACGGUAGUGAUCUUAAUCGAUUGGGAGAACCGUCUCUGGUCUUAAUAUUGAAAUGGGGCGGAGAACUGACGCCGGCCGGACGUAUUCAGGCAGAAGAAUUGGGACGAAUAUUCCGCUGCAUGUACCCCGGUGGUCAAGGUAGACACCUUAGUGAGGAAGAAUCAGAGAUGUUACCAAAUCACGGUGAAUACGCAGGUGCGCAAGGAUUGGGUUUGUUACGCCUGCAUUCCACAUUUCGCCAUGACUUGAAAAUCUACGCUAGCGAUGAAGGACGCGUGCAAAUGACCGCAGCGGCCUUUGCAAAGGGACUACUUGCAUUGGAAGGAGAGCUAACACCCAUUUUAGUACAAAUGGUGAAAAGUGCGAACACUAAUGGCCUUCUGGACAAUGAUUGUGAUAGUAGCAAAUAUCAAAACAUGGUGAAGACGCGUUUGCAUGAGCUGUUGCAACAGGACAGAGAAUUUACUCGCGAGGAUCGGGAACAGAUCAAUCCGGGAAAUGCUUUGAGCAUAAAUGCCGCUUUAGAUUUUGUUAAGAAUCCGGUCCGAUGUUGCCAGCACGUUCACACGCUCAUCCAGAAACUUCUGGACAUUGUGCGAAUUAAGAAGGAAGAUCUAAAAACAAAGGACACGAUACUCUAUCACGGCGAAACGUGGGAACUGAUGGGACGUCGUUGGGGAAAGAUAGAGAAAGACUUUUGCACGAAGAACAAACGUUUCGACAUAUCUAAAAUUCCUGAUAUUUACGACUGCAUAAAGUACGACUUGCAACAUAAUAAUCACACGUUGCAGUUCGAACACGCGGAAGAACUGUACACAUACGCUAAAUCCUUAGCGGAUAUAGUAAUUCCUCAGGAAUAUGGUUUGACAGUACAGGAGAAACUGACUAUCGGUCAAGGCAUAUGCACCCCUUUGUUGAAAAAAAUACGAGCCGACCUGCAACGAAAUAUCGAGGAAUCUGAAGAGACUGUCAAUAGGCUUAAUCCUAGAUAUUCUCACGGUGUAUCAAGUCCAGGACGCCAUGUACGUACAAGGCUGUAUUUUACAAGUGAGAGUCAUGUACAUUCCUUGUUAACUGUGUUACGUUAUGGCGGUUUACUUGAUGUGGUGAAAGACGAACAGUGGCGGCGCGCGAUGGAAUAUGUCAGCAUGGUCUCUGAAUUGAACUAUAUGUCACAAAUUGUUGUUAUGUUGUACGAGGACCCAACCAAGGACCCAAGUAGCGAGGAGCGUUUUCAUGUCGAGUUGCACUUCAGUCCUGGCGUCAAUUGUUGCGUGCAAAAGAAUCUGCCACCUGGUCCUGGAUUUAGACCACACUCUCGUAACGAGAGCAGUCACAAUGUGGGGGAAAAUGGUGGUUCCGGUCAAGAUACUACUUCGCAAUGUAGUACACGGAUAGAAGAAGAGGAUGCGGAAUUGGGUAUUAUUGAGGACGAUCCAGCGAAUACUGCGGCACAAGCUGAUACGCCUCCUCCAUUAAUAGAAACGGACACUAUGGACUCGAUGUUGGACAGUCCAACGACCAGUCGCGGGAUCGAUAUGAUGGAUCUAGAUCCAAAUAUGAUGGACGAACCGUACGACAGUGGAUUCUUACAAGGCUCGGCACCGAUUCCCAUUAGCGCCAGAACCGUAGCUGGGCACGAAGCUGCUAGACUCGGUAGUCAACUGGCGGCGACUCAACGACAGCGGCGAAGUAGGGAGGCAGGGAACAUCGUGGAACCGCGAGCGCGAAGCUACGAUCAUCAACGGCAAGAGAAGCCCGAGAAAGCUGCGGACAAGCUGCAGUAUCAGAGCUUGGACGCGGUCAACAAAGAAGUCACGGAGCCAAUUUCGGAGGAAUUUCGCGACGAGGAAUGCUCAUGGAAAUUAGCGAUACUGUUACAGUCGCAUAGCUCGCCGGAGUUGCCGGUUUCGCCGAACAAGAGCUUCGCUUCUUCGUGCUUGCUUCGCAAUACGCGCAACGAUAGACAGCUAUCCGCCAAUCUUUGCUCGUUGUCCGAUUCGUCAUUCGCGAGCGUCAGCAAUCUGCCGGAGAGAACUGUUACCGGAUAUCGUGAUCGCGGCAGAAAGUACGAACGAUCGCGCUCCGAAAUGACCUUGCUCCCAACUGUCGAACUUUGCGACACGCGAUCGCGGAUCAUUCAACCUGAUCCUACCUGCACAGCAAGGCGCCACCGUCACAGUAUCUCCGGACAGAUGAGUUAUUUCAAGUUGCUGGGCUAUAACAUUAGCAAGAAACUCACCGGCUCGGCCAAUAGUCUCUUCAGCACCGCCGUGAUAAGUGGCUCCUCGAGCGCGCCGAACCUGAAGGACAUGGUACCACCUCAUGCAUCCGCAGUUGCCGCGAUAGAAGGCUUCGGCGGAGUGCCGCCAAUUAGACCUCUGGAGACUUUGCAUAAUGCCUUAUCGCUGCGUCAACUGGAUUCUUUUUUGGAGAUGAUGACUACCGCACCAUUGUAUAGAACUCCGGCCUCGUCGCCGCCAAAAUCAUCGCCGGCUGGAUCGACGCACGAAUCGCUCAAUCCACCCCUCGGCCACGUUGGAAUCAGUCGCGAGUAUCAUUCUUCUGACACGGAAGCUGUCAGAUACAUUACGCCGACAUCGAUACGGUAUAAGCCUCUUGGCGAAGCAGAAACGUGUGACGCCAGGAAUCUACCCUCACCUACCAGUCCGAACAGCACGGGAUGGAGUAGCGAACCGCAAUCUUUUCUAUCUUCCGAACCAUCGUCACCUGCGCCAACGUCAACCGGGGAAUGCAGUAUGUCUAUAAGUUUGACCAGUAACGAGAGUGCUCAACUCUUUAUCGCACCAAAAUUCUCCCCAACUUCCUGCCUGGACGUCGAUUUUAAUGAAUUUUGUAUUUGUCUCGAUCAAGAGAAUCGAGAAAGUCGCGGCAGCGUCUCAUAUACGGAUUAUUACAGCAACGAGGAUGGUCAGAUACGCAAAAUAACGCAAAUACCGCAAAUGAUACAGUCAGGUGUCAGCGGCAGCGGCAGCGGCGGCGGCGGCGGCGGCGGCGGCGGCGGCGGCGGCAGCGGCGCGCAGACAAAGCUCGUGUGCCGCGAUGAUAUUUCUUGCGAUAACAUCGACGAAGACGAGGACCAUACAUUGACUUUGAAACAGACGGAGGAGCAAAAGAAACAAGACGUUAAGUCGAUUUUCGAGCAGAGGGAUGAUGUUAAUCCAUCAAAACUAAGCGGCAGCUAUAAAAAAAUCGGACGCUUCUUGGUGGAAAGUAUGGAUAUAUCGUACGGCGAUGUUCGAAUUAAAGACACCGACAACAUUGGUAUUUCUGAUAAAGUGAAACUAUCUACCUCUCAAAAGUCCGAUUCGUCGAGCGCGGGCAAAUCCACUGUGGAAAAGGCGAAAAGAGAUUCCAAAAAGAACAGUGGCUCGCACGUAAGUUCCCAGAGGCGAAAGAAUUUUUCUCGGUCGCAAAGCGUUACCACACCGAAGUCAGUCGUAUCGAAACCCGAACCGAGUUUCAGUUACUCACGACAGAGUUCGUUCUCGAUCAUGUCGGACGCGAAUUUGGAAAACUGGAAUUUGAACGUGGAUCCGAGCCAUCCCUCAAGAAUAAACCAACAAAGAGAGCCUGUACUCACCAUAGCCAGCAGUCUCACGGAUAACUCCAACGUCACUAUGGGCUUCGAUGUUAAAAAGGAGGAAAAGAAAUAAAUAUUUAAUCGCAAAUUUAUUCCGACUUUUUUGUCGCCCACGUGAUAUUUGAUCUAUUCUUACAAGCGUUUUAGCAUUUUAUGCUACUAGACUUAGAGAUGAUAGUUUAAAUGUCUUUCCUGUUGACUGAGAAAACUAUAACAUGAAAUACAGCAAGUAUCAAGCAUGGCUGGACAGGCUAUUUUGAUGUUUCGUAGCGUUGUUUAUUAAGGCUGAUAAAAGUAUAUAACCAGAAUCACUUGUUUAGAGAGAAUUAUAAUGGCGGAACUUUGAAAUCCCGUCUCCUCCCAAGUCCUCCUUGUAGUGUAUAUAACACUGCAAGAUAUUAAAGCAAAUGAAGUCGAUUAUAUUCUCGUUUUAGCUGAGAAAUAUCUAACAGGAAGUAAUUAAUUUUUCUGAAUCGUUUCGUGAUUUGAAAAACGAAUAUAUUUUAUCAAUACGAAUAAAAUAAUCACGAUAGUUGGCCUUAAACUAUGUAGCAAACAUUUGACUUGAAAUGUUACGGAUCUUUUAUGAAAAGAAAAAAAGAUCAACGAAUUAUUUGACUGACAAUUAAAAUCAAAAAAGAAUUAAUCCUUUUCCUUAUUCACAUAGUACUACCUGCGGUGCGCUUUGAUUAAUUUUCAAUUUUAUUUAACAAAUUUACACAUAUUUGUAUUAUAUGAUUCUUAAUAUAUCUCUUUUGUGAGAGUUUAUUUAUUUAAAAACCAAAAAUUACGGAUUCUUAAAUGAUCGAUGAUAAAUUUUCUAUCGUUUUUUGAUUUUAAGAACCUUAGACAAGUAUCAUUCUGCGCAGCAAUAUACUCUCUAGGAUCAUCGCUAUUGACUGUGAAUUACUAUAACAUUUACAUACGUAGAGGAAAAGUUAUCUCUCUUUCUAAAGAGAUAACUGCAGAUGUACAAACGUUGUGUAGAUAACAUUAUGUGUACUUUGAUUAAAUAUGACUAAAAAAUAGGAGAAGUACGAAGAAAAACGUAUACGUAUAAUUACAAAUGUUUAAAGACACCUUUUUAGAAA